GGGAAGUUUGAAGUCAUGGCUGGAAAACCGAAACUUUACUACUUUAAUGGAAGAGGCAAGAUGGAGUCAAUUCGCUGGUUGUUAGCUGCAGCUGGGGUCGAGUUUGAUGAAGAGUUUUUGGAAACCCGAGAGCAGUAUGAGAAGCUCCUGCAAGAUGGAUCCCUGCUGUUUCAGCAAGUGCCCAUGGUGGAGAUCGAUGGGAUGAAGAUGGUGCAGACCAGAGCCAUCCUCAACUACAUAGCAGCGAAGUACAACCUCUAUGGGAAGGACCUGAAGGAGAGAGCCCUGAUUGAUAUGUAUGUUGGAGGAACUGAUGACCUUAUGGGCUUCAUUUUGAUGUUCCCAUUCUUAUCGUCUGAGGAUAAAGAGAAACAACGUGCUGUUAUAGUUCAAAAGGCGACAAGCAGGUAUUUCCCGGUGUAUGAAAAG